AUGUUCUACGACCUCAACGUACCCUGGCCCCAGGCGGUCGGAGCUGGCACCUCCUCUUCUACCGGCUCUGCAUCCCAAGCGCAAGCCUCCAAGAAGAAAGCAAAACAGCAACAACAACAGCAGCACCAGCAACCGGCAGGCUCGUCGUCCACGUCGGAUUCACCUUCCACCAAACCCCUCGCCGCUUUGCGCGAGAACGAUGCUUUGCUGCUAGCGCAGGUUGCACUCGAGCUCGACCAUCUGAGGUAUGCUUACGUUGCCUUCAAUCACAUCGUGCAUUCCCGGUACGACCCUGCCCACCAUCCGAACACCAUGGCACCCCUCCGAGACGGUCGACCGAAUCCGCCGUUCCCCGAGCUCGAUCCUCGUACACGAUCCAACGCAAAAGGCAAAGCCAAAGCGGCCCCUGUUGGUGACUCGUCCGGGCUCACACAACUGAGUCGGCUCACACUCGUGCUCGAUGAUCAAUCAAUGGCAAAGUCUGGAAGCGGCUGGGUCACCAACAACGCAACCGCGCUGCAAAGCUACGACCUACUCGCUGUUCGACCCACCACCGAGGCCGCUUUCCAACACGCCUGCUUAACGCUCUCCGAGCUGAAACCUUUCAGCAUUGACAUCAUCUCACUCGAUUUUGGUGCGCAGCCUCGACUCCCCUUCUUCCUCAAGCGCUCUACUGUCAACGCGGCCCUCGAGAAUGGCGUUCAGUUCGAGAUCACCUAUUCACAAGCAGUUUCUGACGACGCGACAAAGGCGAGGAGGAAUCUCAUCAGCGGUGCAAGGGACCUACUUCGCGUCACGAACGGCAAAGGCGUCUUUUUCUCCUCGGGUGCUACCCAAGUUCUGUCCCUGAGGGCGCCCUACGACGUCAUCAACUUGGGUGCCAUCUUUGGUCUCAAUCCUUCCGCUGCCAGAGACGCCAUCUCGAACAAUUGCAGAAGUCUCAUCCUUCGCUCACAGACACGCAAAACAUAUCGAGGCGUCGUUUCACAUCCCGUUGCCGUUGUACCGCCGUCUUCGUCUGACACCGUCGUAGAAGCUUCGCUCCCGCUCGCAUCGUCACCUCAGCCGGAAAGCGGAGAUGCGGGCGCCAAGAAGCGCAAGUCUCCAUCGAACGACGAUCAGCUUCCUUCCCUCAUCGCAUCCAAGACAGCAACGUCCAAGACCAAAAAGCAACGCACGUGA